GUUCAGAAAUCUGACGGCCGAAGAGAAGAAGGUGUUUCUAAAACGUUCAGAGACUCCUUUCAGGCUCCUCGCUGAUGAGAAAAGGGCACAUCCUGGAUGGAGGUCAAGGAAAACUCAAGAAGCCAGCCAAUCAAAAGCCCUGUAGGGAUGCUGUAAAGCCAGGUGACUCUGGGAAGGUGGCUGAAUGUUAAAGAUGGCAACCCAAUACAACAAUGAACUGAAAUGUGUUAGCGUAGAGUGGGACUUCCUUCAAGGACUGCUCGUAAAGAACCAGCCUGUCCCUUGCCUGCAAGCGCUACGGAAGGAGAAGUCUCGCAAUGCUGCCCGAUUCCGACGAGGCAAGGAGAACUUCGAGUUCUACGAGCUGGCGAAGAUGCUCCCGUUACCGGGUGCCAUCACGAGCCAGCUCGACAAGGCUUCCAUCAUCCGGCUGACCAUCAGCUACCUCCGCAUGAGGGACUUCGCCAACCUGGGGGACCCUCCAUGGAACCUCCGGAUUGAGGGGCCCCCGCCAAACAUCUCUGUAAAAGCAAUAGGAACUCAGCAACGAAGAAGCCCCACUUCCCUGGCUAUCGAACUGUUUGAACAGCACGUGGGUGGACACAUCCUACAGGGAGUUUGAAGAUUUUCUCUGAAUGUGUUCCAUGGUGUUUCUUUGUUUCGUGGCUGUCUGUGGGAAGACGAAUCUCAGGGUUGUGUACUGCUUACAUACUUUGACA